CUGAGAGGCAAACCAAAAGGUAAGGAAGUGGUAGGGGUUUUACGAGUUUUGACGCUGUCCCAAGUUCCAGUCAGCCAACGGAGAGCUGCGCGACGCCUUUUCAGGACCAUGGUUAGUAGCCGCGUCUUCCUGCUGUACCUCACCUGUUCUGUGCUCCUGCUUUCAGCCUGCUGUGAGGAGUCUGUGGAGCUGCGGUCAGCUGACAACGCUGAAGAUAAGAGCCAGGAAGAAAAGGAAAUGAUUGAAGCCUUACAAGAAGUACUAGAAAAACUGAAAAACAAGAGAAUGCCGUCUUCAGAAAAGAGGCUUGGCUGGGUUCCUUCGUGUGAUGCUGGAGAACAGUGCGCUGUUAGAAAAGGGUCAAGAAUUGGCAAAUUGUGCAACUGCCCCCGUGGGACGUCUUGCAAUUUCUAUAUUCUGAAGUGUCUGUGAGGAAGAUCAGAGGAAGAGAUGCCUGGAUUCAGCUACCCAUAUUCAGUUUUCAUUUUGUGUUGUUCUUAAGCUCAUCGUUGCUUUCUGCCAACACAGAUGACAGAUGGAUGAUAACAUAAUAUGCUAUUCACAGCUCUCGUUCUUGGUUCCUUUUUGAAGCAAAACCUGUCAUUUCAUUCUGUUUUCUGUAAGGAUAAUUUAAUGUACAGUAUGUAAAAUAAUUAUUAAAUGUCAGGAAAAAGACUGAAGAUUCAUAUUUGUACAAUUUUGGGGGCCUAUUAAACAGUUUGUAUUAUAAGA